GCUACCAUGCGGCAGCGCGAUCAAGCGCAAGUCCUUAGCAAUUGACCGCACCAUUGGCAUACAGCAGUACUAAGCUGCUGUAUUUCUAGUUUGCAGCAAUGCGACAGAGCACGCCAUUAGUAUCUUGAUGAGACGGAAUCGUCUUUCUAUCAUGCGGAAAAGUGGAACAAUUAGCAGAAGAGGCAGAAUCCUUGAAACGAAGUUUGGAUAGGUAUUCUUUGAGGAAUCAGAAGAGGAUGACGGAAUCCAAAGAGAGGGCAGAAUUGCUUGGAAGAUCUAAUGGGGAGUCACAUGUUUUAAAGAUAUUUGAUGAGGAAGCACAAGCAAUGCAAUCAUGUCGUAAUUCCGCCCAGAUGUUGGAGGAAGCUAGUUCAACUGGAGAGGCCAUCCUGUUGGCAAUGUCGGGGUCAAGGGAACGUUUAAAGAAAGCACAUCGAAAAGCACUGGAUGUCCUUAACACAGUGGGGCUUUCGAAUUCUGUAUUGCGGCUGAUUGAGAGGCGGCACCGUGUUGAUAAUUGGAUAAAAUAUGCAGGCAUGGUUUUGACACUCAUCAUUAUGUUCAUUAUUUGGAGAUGGACGGGAUGAUCGAUUCAAUGGCACUCCAGAUGCUUCUUGUUUUGUUCUCUGGAAAGGAAGAUAUAUAUGAGUUGUAGUAUUUCUAAAGUAGUUUCAUACUGCAAAAGGUAAGGAGGUUGUACAUAUAUAGGCCA